AUGAAAGUCGCGAUCGUGGGGUCCGGUGUCACUGGCCUCGCUGCUACUUGGGUGCUCAACGAGUACUCUAAUCAUGAGGUACAUCUGUAUGAGGUGCAUACGCGUCCCGGCGGACAUGCGAACACAGUCAGCUUUGUGUCGCCAGGGAGGAAACCUGUGGACGUCGAUACGUACAUUGUGUUCAACCCAAGCACCUAUCCCAACUUCCUUCGAUUUCUCCGCCUCCACCCUGAUCUGAAGUCGCGCAUACAGGCAACUGAUAUGACGUUUUCUGUCUCUCGGGACAACGGAGCAUUCGAGUGGGGAGGCGCCAGUCUGGGCGCUGUCUUCUGUCAACUCCGGCAGCUACUGGAUCCGGACCAUUGGCGUAUGCUCUACGACGUUGCCCGCUUUAACGCUUGCGCCAGAUGUUUGCUUCAUCUGAGGGAUGGCACAUUGUAUGCAUCAGACGACGUCUCGAUCGGAGAAUAUCUGAGACGAGAAGGAUACUCCCAUUCCUUCAGAGAUAACUAUCUUAUACCGAUGACAGCAGCGAUAUGGAGCACGCCGCCAGAUAAAUGUUCGCUCGACUUUCCAGCCCGUACACUAGUCCAGUUCAUGCAUAACCAUCACCUGCUGCAGAUCUUUGGCAAGCCGUCUUGGCUCACAUUCAGAGGCGGAAGUCAGUGCUAUGUCAACCACAUCCUCUCGAGGCUCCCUGCAUCGCAGCUGCACUUGUCCACCCGCAUAACAUCCGUAAAAACCCGCAACGAGCACGAUGUAGAGGUCACAACCGCAUCAGGCGAGCGAGCGAUCUACGACCACGUCAUAUUCGCAUGUCAUAGCGAUACUGCGCUUGACAUACUUCGCGUUGGUGGAGGUGUGACGCCGGAGGAAGAAAGGAUCCUCGGUGCUUUCAAGUGGAACAAGAAUGUGGCAGUGCUACAUUACGACAGUGCCCUUAUGCCAAAACGACGCGUUGCGUGGUCAUGCUGGAACUACCUCACCGCCUCUGAGAAAGACGAAGGUGGUCGGAAGAAAGCGAACGUUGACCGCGUUUCUCUUACAUACUGGAUGAACGCGCUCCAGCACAUCCCCGAGGAAGACUGCGGCCCCGUCUUUGUCACGCUCAACCCACCCUUCGAGCCCGAUCCCUCCCGAACCGCAGGCCGCUAUCAAUACGAGCACCCCGUCCUCGGGGCCAAGGCCGUCCGAGCGCAGCAGGAGAUGCCCGCGAUCCAAGGCAAGCGCGGGCUCUCCUUCGCCGGGGCCUGGCUCAAGUACGGCUUCCACGAGGACGGGUUCACAUCCGGGAUGCGCGCCGCAGCCGCGCUCCUCCGGGCCCUUCCUUCGCCGUCUCCAAGCGGACGCGGAGGCCCAACCACAAGCGAAGCUCACUCGGAGACAACAUCUCCCCUUCCGUUCGAGAUCCUCGACGCGGAUCGCGGUUGGAAGGAAGACAGGUACGCGAAGGUACUCGCGCUGUUUUUUGACGUGUUUGAGGGCGUAGGGUUGCGGGCGAUCGUCGGUGCUGGCUUAGUGCUUGGCAUGGUUGGGAUUAACGCUGCGGUACUGGAAGCGGGACUGGACGGGAAGCGGCAGGAGGUGUAUUCGAAUGCUGAUACAGGCAGGAAGGCCUUGAAGCGGGAGUAUGAUCCUACUUCUCGAUCGCCCACGCCCAGGAAGAAACAGCGAGCACAGAAUCCCACUUCAGACUCCAUCGUUCACUAA